UCUAGUUGACCGUAGGACCGUCGGAGAGGUGGUGAAUGGAGGGUGUAUUUUAAACGUUUUUGGUUUUUGUUUUUGCUGCUCCUUGUUCUACUUGUUCCUUACUUUCUUCUGUACCGGCGGUCCCACAACUAAUCACCAUAAAUAGAAACCGUUCCUCUCUCCGUGGGAUCAGCUGGUGGAAGCAGCAUCAAUCCGGAGCCGCCCAGCAAUCACGUACGUCCUCUACCGCUCCCGACGACGUAUCAGACGAACCUUGAACCUUCGACGAAAGAGUGCAAAAGUGUAGCGAAAAGAAUAUUGCUCCUCGACCAGCACCCCGGACAGCGGUAAAGAAUGUCGCUCGCCUCCACAAUUCGCGGCUGUGCUCGCACCGUACUCCUGCGCCAGCAACCCAUUAGGACACUGUCGACGAGCGGUACCCUGUUGCGGGAUGGUUCGGAGUCUUCUUGGCUCAGCAAGCUCCUGGUCCGGAAGAUUGAACCCACCAAGGAAUCACACAGUCGUAUGCUGAGCGACAAGUAUGAUAUCUACGAGCUGCAUACGCACAACGUACGGCCAGAUUCUGUGGGCAAAUACCUCGAGAACUACAAAAAUACGGUACAGAUCGUACAGUCGAAACAAAACCUGUCCAUGGAACUGAUCGGCUCCUGGAACGUGGAAGUCGGUGAUCUGGAUCAGUGUCUGCACCUGUGGCGCUAUACCGGCGGCUUUGAGAUGGUGGAUCAAGCAAAGCGUGAGCUCACCAACGAUAAGUCCUACGUGCAACUGAUGCAGGAACGGGGCACUUUUCUGCGCUCUCGGCACCUUCAAUAUCUACUAGCGUUUAGCUACUGGCCCCAGUUGAAGCUGCGCGAGGGAAAGAACAUCUACGAGAUCCGCUCGUAUCGCCUGAAACCGGGCACGAUGAUCGAGUGGGGUAACAAUUGGGCUCGAGCAAUCAACUAUCGCCAGAACAAUGACGAAGCGUUCGCUGGCUAUUUCUCGCAGAUCGGACGACUGUACAACGUGCAUCACAUUUGGUGUUACAAGGACCUGCAGGGUCGCAAGGAGACACGUGAAUCGGCCUGGCGAUCGCCCGGUUGGGACGAGUGCGUUGCCUACACUGUUCCAUUAAUCCGCGAGAUGCACUGCCGCAUACUAUCCCCGACGGAAUUCUCUCCCACCCAGUAAUGGUUGCGAUUCGUGGUGAUCUUGGGUCAAUUAUUUCACAUCGGAACGGAAUCGCUGGCAUUAAGAUUUUUCCUUAUUUGAUUUUCCAGUUUUUGCUUUGUUUCGUUACAAAACCUAAGUAGUAGUCUGUUGCAUUCUUCCUCUCCCAAAGCAUUUCUGCGGCUUCUGGGAUGCAUUUAAUCACCACCUCAAUGAAUAGGGUCCACAACAGUUCCUUCGGCAGGGUGUGCCGCGAAGUUACCCGUCGUCGGCCGAUGCUCUAUGUUUCGUACAAAUCACACACAACGAAAGGUAUGCCAUGGCAGGAUGGGAUGCGCCGUUGCUAGGGUCCUGAGGAUGAUAGUACCACUACUCUCCCUCCCGCGGGAGGAACCGCUUUAGAUGUUUUAUUUCAAGUAUGAAUGUAAAGUGAUUAUCUAAUAAAAAAAAAAAGGAAAUGGUGCAAUGAAGAACACUAUAGC